AUGAACUCCCGUCCCCAAUUCGAUCCGGCCACAAUGAUUGGCUUAGCCGGCGCUUCGCCAGGAAGAACCGACGACAACUUCGAUAUCUUUGAAUGGUAUCCACGCUAUCAAAGCUGCCAACGCUACUUCCUAGACCACGCCCAACACAGCGUUCCCGUCCAAGCCCUCUCAGCAUUCUUGAACAUCCGCCUUCCCUUCCAACGCCAACCCUCAGUCGUGAACUCCUCGCCAACCUCCGCAUCCCACACCCCACCAACAGGCACACAACCACCAGGCCCACCUUCCGUCUCAUUGAUCCCCUACAUCCGCCGAUUAGUCGCAACGGGAAUGGAUUUCCCAGGAGUUCUGCAUGGGUUUUUUGGCGACGACUGGAGCAGCGGUGUUGGCCCACUUCACGAGCAAGAACGCCGCAAUUACCUAUUCGCCGCCAAGAGCGGCGGCUGGGCAUCUGUCAAAAAGGACUACGACAUGCCUCCGCUAGAGACUAUUCCCUUCCUCCGACCUUUGCAGGGCCCGCUCGACGCCGAGAUCGAGGCUGCGGAGCGCAGUUGGAGUGAAUGGCUCGCUAUGGAGGAUUGGAUGGUAGGGCCGCGGGCGCCGGAUAUUCUCCAAGACUCGUCUUCGCAAAAUUCACGACCGCGGAGUGCACGCGGAUAG